CUCUCUCUCUUUUUAUUCUCAAACCACCACAAAAACACACCAAACUCUUGAUUCUCUCCUCUCUCUCUCUCUAUAUGGCGCCGACAGUUAAAACGGCGGUAGUAAACACCAACGGCGGCGACGGCGGAAUCAAAGAAACCCGUUAUAGAGGAGUGAGAAAGAGGCCAUGGGGACGUUACGCCGCCGAGAUCAGAGAUCCGUACAAGAAGACACGUGUCUGGCUCGGAACCUUCGACACUCCAGAAGCAGCCGCUCGUGCCUACGACAGAGCUGCUCUUCGUUUCCGCGGCGCUAAAGCCAAAACCAAUUUCCCUUAUACCUACAUGGUCGACAACAACGAGAGCCCGACGCAAAGCAGCACCGUCGAAUCAUCGUCGAUUCCGGAUCUCAAUCUCGGAUCCGUCGGUUCGAAAUUCCCUUUCCCGAAGGUUCAGGUCAAGCCUGGGAUGAUCUUGUUCGAUGAAGAGUCGACGAGGAGUGAAUCGGACUCGUCGUCUGUGGUGAUGGAUCGUAGUCCGGAGAGACGGUCACGUGUGUUGUUGGAUUUGGAUCUUAAUCUCCCGCCAAAGCCUGAAGACUAAUCUUUAGACGAGUUAUAAAUGGUCUGAAUCGAGAGUAACUAUAGAUGAAGCUUGUCUCGUUUAUUAUUAAGUUGGUGCCAAUUUUUUUUUUUUUCAAUUUUUGGGUCAGCAGGAAACUAAAAAUAAUGUUAGUGUUGAGAAUGUUUUGUUCUCAUCUGCCGUUGUUUAUCGAUUACUUGUAACGUUUUUGUUUAAUUUUCUGAUCAGCAAAACUUAGUAAAUCUGUUUUGGCAUCAA